AUGUCGAUCCCAAACGAAGCUCUCCAGAAGCUCCUCUCGGAGAUCGAAAGUCGCGCUAUCGCUUCGCAGCAACAAAUCGGACUCACCAAGGCCCACAUGACAGCCAAGCAGCGCGAUAUCCGUAUGUUGCAGCUUACAUCGAAGGAGUUGUCCGACUUGCCAUCCGAGACAAAAGUAUAUGAGGGUGUUGGCAAGAUGUUUGUUAAUGUCCCCAUCGAUACCAUUAACAAGCGCCUUACACGCGAGAGCGGCGAGGCUGCCUCUGAGAUUACGAAUCUGGAGAAGAAGCUCCAGUACCAUGAGACGACGCAUCAGAAAUCCCGGGAGAACCUUGAGCAGAUCCUCAAGUCUGGAGGUCGGGCGUGA